CACCUGGCCCCGUCGGAGGGCUGCCCCUCAUGGCCGAAGUGAAGGUCAAGGUACAGCCGCCUGAUGCGGACCCGGUUGAAAUAGAAAACAGGAUUAUAGAAUUAUGCCACCAGUUCCCUCAUGGAAUUACAGACCAAGUAAUUCAAAAUGAAAUGCCUCAUAUAGAAGCCCAACAACGAGCUGUGGCCAUCAAUAGACUAUUGUCCAUGGGUCAGUUGGACCUUUUAAGGAGCAGUACAGGUCUCCUGUAUAGAAUAAAGGAUUCUCAGAAUGCUGGUAAAAUGAAAGGAUCAGAUAACCAAGAAAAACUAGUAUAUCAAAUAAUAGAGGAUGCUGGAAACAAAGGAAUAUGGAGCCGAGAUAUCCGAUACAAAAGUAAUUUGCCAUUAACAGAGAUUAACAAAAUCCUAAAGAAUUUGGAAAGUAAAAAGCUUAUCAAAGCUGUUAAGUCUGUGGCCGCCUCAAAAAAAAAGGUAUAUAUGCUGUAUAACUUGCAGUCAGACCGUUCUGUAACUGGUGGAGCUUGGUACAGUGACCAAGAUUUUGAAUCUGAAUUUGUGGAAGUGCUUAACCAACAGUGUUUUAAAUUCCUUCAAUCCAAGGCAGAAACAGCACGAGAAAGCAAACAGAAUCCAAUGAUCCAAAGAAAUAGUUCGUUUGCCUCGUCUCAUGAAGUUUGGAAAUAUAUCUGUGAAUUAGGGAUCAGUAAGGUAGAGUUGUCCAUGGAGGAUAUUGAAACCAUCUUGAAUACAUUCAUCUAUGAUGGGAAAGUGGAGAUGACUAUCAUUGCUGCGAAAGAAGGCACGGUUGGCAGUAUUGAUGGACACAUGAAACUGUACAGGGCAGUCAAUCCAAUUAUCCCUCCCACAGGUUUGGUCCGAGCUCCCUGUGGACUCUGCCCAGUUUUUGAUGACUGCCAUGAAGGUGGUGAAAUUUCACCAUCAAAUUGUAUUUAUAUGACAGAGUGGCUUGAAUUUUAAUGGGAUUCAUUAAAUUCCAUGGCAUUUUACAAAUGAAGUUACUUUGGAAGAAAAUAAUUUGACUCAUGAUGGAUCACCAAAUUCCCUGGGAGCAAACUAUAGUAUUGGAUAUCCGAUUUGCUGCUAUGAAGAAUGGUCUUUGUUUAAAAUCUACCAAGACUAAAUUUUAUAUUGGUAGAAUAACCAAUAGUAAUGGGCAGGUAA